CGAUCGACUUCCUUCUGAAUUUGUCUGGCAGCAUGCUCGGACAUCAGCUCAUCACCGAGACGGACGCGCUGUUGGAUCGACAGCGAAAAGAUCGCGGUAAUGCCCACAAUCGCCUUUGCUCGAGCGUCGUAGCACUUGAAAAUGGCCUUGGCUGUCAUGUUUAUGCGAGUUUGGAUGGCAUUUUGGCAACGCAACGGCGUCUCGAAGACGAGUGCCUGGCGUUGGGCAAGAACCAAGUCAUGUACCACCAGAAAACCAUUCGGUGGAAGGCCGAGUACAAGCGAUUUCGGUCUGAAGUUGAAGACUUGCAAAAGUUUGAGCAGUGGAUGCAACGCACGGAAGCCAACAUGCACGCCACCUGCGGAACGCUCGAGUAUGUGUGUUAUCAAUUGAACCGAACCAGCGCUGCUCCCCCAUCCACAGACGCACUCCCUUCGUUGUUUGACUAGACUUUGUACCAAAGUACUAUUCUGCCCAUACUGUGAACCAUGAAUCGUGUUUGUAAGUAGUAUCCCUG